CACAAGAAUCCAAACCCCCGGAUUUUAGUACUGUCUCACUUUGCUUCAGUGCCUGCCUAGGUAGGUUGGUCUAAUGUUGGAUUUACAUUUCCACAGCUUGCUUCUCUCAUUAAUUUUCUGAAGCUCUGCUCUGCAAUAGAACACAUUAUUUGGAACAAGUAUUCAAAGGGAGGCUCGUCGGUUAUCAAUUCUAUCAUAUAUCCCAAACCCUCGUUACUCUCGCUAUACUACAAACAUGGCUCUACCUCGAUCAGAAUACCUCUCCGACGUCUGGCGCGAUGGUAUCUUUGGUGUGUAUUCCUAAAACAUAGGUCCCUUUUAUAAUACAUACUAAGUCUCUGUCCUUCAGAUAACAAAGUUGUCUUCUGCACUGGCGGUGCAGGUACGAUAUGUUCCGCCCAAGUCCGCGCAAUGGUUCACCUAGGAGCAAACGCAUGCAUUAUCGGACGCAAUCCUUCUAAGACUGAAUCCAUGGCCAAAUCCAUAUCAACAGCACGUCCUGGAUCUAAAGUUCUCGGAAUUGGCAAUGUGGAUGUGAGGAACAUAAAGAGUUUGGAGGAUGCAGUAGAGGCAUGCGUGAGGGAGCUAGGAAGCAUUGAUUUCGUGAUGUAUGAUGGCCUUUCGUUUCCUUUCUCUUCUAAUUUAUAUUUCAAAUUGAUUAAAAGUUCUAACAUGACCACUACAACAGCGCCGGAGCGGCGGGAAACUUUAUUGCCCCUCUCGAUGGUCUUUCUUCCAAUGCUUUCCGAACAGUACUCGAGAUUGACACUCUCGGCUCCUUCAACACUCUCAAAGCCACUCUCCCGCAACUCCUAAAAUCCGCUUCUGCCCAUCCAAAUAAAGCAUCUAACCCCAACACCGGCGGCCGCAUCCUUUUUAUCUCAGCCGCUUUCCAUUUUACGGGAACGCCGCUGCAAGGACAUGUAGCGGCAGCAAAAGCAGGCGUCGAUGCUAUUUCUGCAACGGCCGCCUUGGAAUAUGGUCCUAGAGGAGUAACAAGUAAUGUUAUUACGCCAGGACCCAUAGAAGGAACGGAAGGAAUGGCAAGAUUGGGCGAUAAGGAGAGUGAAGCAAGCGGUGAUGCGCAGAGAAGAAACCCAUUGGGGAGAUAUGGUACCGUGAAGGAAAUUGCGGAUGGGACUGUAUACAUAUUCAGCGACGCAGGAAGCUACGUUAAUGGAGAAGUUUUGGUUAUUGAUGGCGGGAGUUGUACGUCUAAGGAUUUUCUCAAAAACCUACCCACUUUCUGCUUUUCAUUCAUCUUCGUUAAGGCAUUCAUACUAAUCUUGUGCAAAUAGGGAGACUUCCGGGGCCCAUGGCUGGAGCAAAGAGAUACCCUGAUUACUUACUAGACGAUACGUUCGUACGACGAAAGGAGUCCAAGCUAUGAACUCUGUCACGGUAGGCACCUGUGUAAAGUUGUUAUCUUACAUAUCCCUUAUGAAUUUUGGGGUCGAGAGGCGAAUUGGGAUGUAAAUGGAUAGACUCGUAAUCUUAGAGACUUGUAAUCUUUUGGAUUGGCCUAUUUUCGCUGGUUGGUUUAUCUGACAAAUGAAUAUGGCUAUAUAUA